AUGAAAGAACCCCGGAUUUUCCCUAGAGAGCGGCCAACUCCUUGGACUCGUGCUCCGCUGCCACCUCGAGGACGGAUGGACAGUUCCCUGGGACCACAAGGGGGUCCUGCUUUAAACACAGGCCACCCGCUGGGUAUGAAUUCAGAUCCUUUCCUUAUGGCAACCGGCUCUCUUGGUGGAAAUUUGGCCCCAUUUCCAAGGAACCCGUCUCCUUUUCCAACUUCAUCAGGCUCAUUGGCUUCAAAUCCAGCACCUUUCCCUGCUGGUGCUCGUGACCCAAGCAUGGCUUCUUUUCCAAGAGGGAUGAAUCCCACUGGCACAGGUGCAGUUUCUUUCCCAAGGCCGGGCGGUCUCUUGGGCCCAAGCCCAGGGUCAGCUCUAAAUCCUAGAGCAGGGGCUCUUCCAGGCCCAGGGCCUCUGUCUAACCCAAGGUUAGGGGGUCUCCCAGGGCCAGGUCCUAUGUCCAACCCAAGGCCAGGUGGUCUUCUGGGAACAGGUCCUGACCCCAGAAGUGGUGGCCCCAUGGGUCCUGGAUCUGGACCCAACCUGAGAGCAGGUGUCCUGUUGACUUCUGGGAAUGGUCCUCCCAAUCCUAGACCCGUUGGCCUGGGCCCCGGACCAAGUCCCAAUCUGAGAUCAGGCUUUGUAGGUACAAACCCUGCCCCAAGGUCAGGUAUGUUUCCAGGCCCAGGCCUUGGGCCCAACCCAAGGUCAAGUGGCCUGGGCCCAGGCCUUGGGCCUAACCCAAGGGCCGGUGGCCUGGCUCCAAGCCCUAAUUUGGACACCAGAGCAGGUGGCCUUUUGGGCACAGGAUCUGGUCUUAACUUAAGAAUGGCUGGACCUCAAAGCCUAGAUCUUGCACCCAUUCUAAGAGCAGCAGGUCUUUUAGGAGCAAAUUCAGCUGCUUUCUCACAGUCUUCUGGAAACAUGGGCACAAGCCCAUCUUCCAUGGCCAGAAUACCUGGCCCCAUAGGCCCAAACUCGGGUCCUGGCUCUCGGGGAAUUGGCCUUCCAGGGCCAAAUCCAUCUCCCAUGUCGAGGGCUCCUGGCCCCAUUGGCCCUAAUUCAGCUCAUUUUUCAAGGCCCGCUGGCCCCAUGGGAGUAAAUGCUAAUCCUUUUCCAAGGGGGACAGGUUCAGGGGGAUUGAACCCAGUUGCUUUCUCUCAGUCUUCUAACACAUUGGCUUCAAACCCAGUUAACUUCCAGAGGUCUGCUGGCCUCCAGGGCUCAAGUCCGGCAAUUUUCCCAAGAGCCUCUGGGCCACUAGGCUCCAACCCAGCUAACUUUCCAAGGGCCACUGGUUUACAGGGUCCAAGUCCAGCUACCUUCCCAAGGUCUACUGGCCCAUUAGGCCCUGGUCAGGUUACUUUCCCCAGGUCAGCUCCUGGGCCCCUAGGCUCUUCGCCAGCAGGCCCUGUGGGUAUCAACCCAGCUCCUUUUGCAAGGCCAACUGGGACCCUGGGUCUAAACCCAGCUUCCUUUCCAAGGAUGAAUGGCCCUGUAAGCAAGACCUUGGUCCCAUUUCCUAGAGUGGGGAGCCUCCCUGGCACAAACCCAGCUGCUUUCCCCAGACCAGGGGGUCCAAUGGCUGCAAUGUACCCAAAUGGAAUGUUACCCCCUUAAACACCAUUUUCUCUCCAGGACCACCUUGGUUUCCAGGCACUGUGGUUCUGGGCAGGGGCUGUGUUUUAGGUGAAAGGGUAGAUAUGGAGCUACAGUCUGAAGUACAUAGCUGGGGCUCAAGUUCAAAUGAGCCUUUUUCCCCCCUCUGCGUCUUUCUUGACUGAAGGUGAAAUGUUAUCUGUGGGACAUGGACUUUGGCAGGUGGGAAUGAUCCCGCCUUGCGAGAAGGAAUCUCCAGCCUUCCAGAAGCCUGCUGUGCUUUUGUCCCACAGCUUUCUGCCCCUUGUUUCUUACUAGUUUCUUGAAUUGUUCUUGUGGACUUUUCCUCAGGGAU